AUGGCGAAUUCGAAGAAGGGUAGUUAUGAUAUUGAAACAUUGAUCGGACUUCACCGUGACCCAGAAAGUUGCCUUCCCGGAACAUGGGAAUCAUCAAAAGAUAUGCAAAGUCAUGGCCUGAAAAUUCCCAUCUUUCUGCGGACCUCUUCGCCGCCAGAAAUUCCAAGUAGCCACGGCGACACACAUCUCCAAUGGCUCGCACAUGCACAGACUGGAAAACACAGCGGAUUGCACGGCAGUGCUGUGGUCCCGACGAGGGGGUUUGAUGGAGUUUCGGAACAGGCAAAUGAAAGGGAAGGCGUAACUAACGAGGACGCUUCUCCACAACAUAAUCUCAUACGAGAGCGAGACUUGCGGCAAAGAAGAAGCAGAAGUCCCGUCGACUUUGAGCGGCCAUCUUGUUCCGAGGAUGAGUACAGCAAGCGGAAGCAGCGACGUUACCGAACUACUUUCACGAGUAUGCAGCUGGAGGAACUGGAGCGUGCCUUCCAGAAAACCCAUUAUCCUGAUGUGUUUACCAGGGAGGAGCUUGCGAUGAGAAUCGACCUGACCGAGGCCAGAGUGCAGGUCUGGUUUCAAAACAGACGAGCAAAGUGGCGAAAGAAGGAGAAAGUAGGACCAGCAGGCCAUCCUUUCACCGGCGGGUCAUUUCCUCCGCCCCUCUCGCCUCGUCACGUGACCCCACAAGCUCAGACACUCUCAGACUUACUUUUUAAAGCCUACGAGACCCAUUUCCUGCAGAAAUAUGCUUUACCCGGCCAACUGUCCCCGUUUCAGUCAAGACACCCGGUGUUCGCAUCUUUUCCACCCAUUCUGAGAAACAGCAUGGCGCCUAUGGGUUUCGGAAAUGACGUCAUCAUUCCGAGCAUGCCUCACUCAUUCGAUACAAGCCUGUAUCAAUCCAGAUCUUCGAAACCUAGUUUUGAGAGCAAGGCGAAGGAUAGUGGAAGCCCUGAGCGACAAACUAUGCACGUGUCAAGUAUCGAUGUUUUAAGAAGGCGGGCACAAGAAUAUGAUGUUCGUCCGGAAUUUGACUAA